CAUUCGUAUGUUUGUUUUCUUUUCAGUCGCAACCCUACGCGUGUCUUGGCCGCUACCCAACGUCCCUCAUCGUCCGCCGGCACGACCCGUCACCGUAGGUGUAGCUUGUUUACAUCAAGAGUUCGCCGACACUCCGUACGUGCGGCAUCUGUGAGCGAUCUGUCCUCGCUUCUCCCUCAAGCCGGCAUGAGCUACUCGCCCUACCAACCAGGGACCGCUCCGGGCUACCCACCCCCCUCCCAAGGCUACCCAGCCCCGGGCUUUGGGGCCGAGCAGGGCUACCCACCUCCGACCCAGGGCUACCCGCCUCCGUCCCAGGGCUACCCACCUCCGGCACAGGGUUAUCCACCGCCGGCACAAGGCUACCCUCCUCCCGGGAUGGGCUACCCCACCCCGCAGGGGGACAUGGCAUACGGGGGACCGCCGAUCACGCAGCCCCCGUCCGCGUCGCAGGGAGGCUAUCCUGCCCCCGAAAUGGGUUACGGUGCAGCACCCCCCGCAGCACCCAACUGCCCGCCGGGCCUGGAAUACCUGACUGCCAUCGACCAGCUGCUGGUCAAGCAGAAGGUGGAGCUCCUCGAAGCUUUCCUUGGGUUUGAGACACAGAACAAGUACACCAUCAAGAACAGCAUGGGCCAGAAGGUCUACCACGCCACAGAAGACACGGACUGCUGCACGCGCAACUGCUGCGGGCCCGCCCGUCCCUUCGACAUCAAGGUGGCGGACAACAGCGGGAACGAGGUGCUGCACUUCCAGCGAGACCUGCGCUGCACCUCCUGCUGCUGCCCCUGCUGCCUUCAGAGGCUGGAGGUGUCCGCCCCGCCGGGACGCCCCAUCGGCUGGGUGGUCCAGGAGUGGAGCAUCCUGACACCCCAGUUCCGAGUGGAGAAUGCGGCCGGCGAGUGCGUGCUCAGGAUCGAGGGCCCCAUCUGCACCAUGAGCAUCUGCGGCGACGUCGAGUUCAAGGUGCUGUCCAAGGACGGGUCGGUGGAGGUGGGCAAGAUCAGCAAGCAGUGGGCGGGGCUGCUCAAGGAGGCCUUCACCGACACGGACAACUUCGGCAUCAGCUUCCCCAUCGACCUGGACGUGCACAUGAAGGCCGUCCUGCUGGGGGCCCUCUUCCUCAUCGACUACAUGUUCUUUGAGAAGGCUGGCAACAAGGAACAAGACGGCCCCGGAAUGCUGUAGCGUCUCCUCGACCCCGCAAGCCUACCCGGAUACUUUCCUCCCUUCGAGACACGUUUUCUCUCGCGCAUGUUCAUCGUCUCAGGUGCCGUGUGCCCUCACUCUUUUACCACAUUCACCGCCAUGUUCACGGGUGUGUGCGUGAUACUCCGCAUCACUCUCGUGAAUCACCUGCUGUCUCUCUGGGUUCUUCGGUGUGACCAAACAUUUACCGUGACGAGCGUAGAGGGGAAAAAACCUGCCGAUAGUUUCGGGAAGCUACUUCUUCGCAUGCUUGUAUGUUUAUGAGAGGUGCUAGCAAAUGAAUGCACGUCGUUCCUAUUAAUCCAGUCAGAGUGUCUACCAAUUAGAAAACCAGGAAUUCGGCAGAUCUAGAAAUUGAGGAAUUAUUUCUACCCUGGUUAGCAAUGAACAGGGAAAUUGUGCUUUUCUUUCUUUUAGCAACAGAAAUCUAUAUGUGCGUUUCGUGACAUACGUUGAAGGCGACUCUGUUGGCUUGCUGAAACAAACUUCUGCUCAGAAACCAGAGUCUUGAGGCCACCCAGACAUUCGACCCGAAUUAUCUCUCGAAACGUGCACCAAGAUUAACUUCUCCCCCCGCCAUCAUUGCAUCUUUGAACGGUGCGGGCAGCUCCUCCGCCUAAUGGCCUCACGACGCGAGAGAUCAUCUUUCGAGCUUCCUCCCUUACUCGUAAAUGAACCAUUUCUGCUGGCCGUUCCUAGCUUGGUGGCCGAGUUCAUUUUUGUUGCUCAGGCGAGAACAUUUCAAAGUUCAAACUGGAGAAGCUGUCAGGUGUGACAAUAUUUUCAGAUAAAAGCUGCACUUUAAGACACACGCCCUCUCUUCUUAGGGGUCUGUCGAGGAAUUUCGAUUAAGUAGUCCGGCAAAAACCCAGGAAAAUCGGGGAAUUUAAAAACAUUCUUUUGGUAGACACCAUGUGGUGCAACCUGGAUGUUGAAAUUCCACUCGUUAUAUCUUACUCUUUUUUCGACACUCCUUUCAUUACUCGUUGAAGUUUUACCCUCCUAAAAAUGAGUUCUAAGUGACAGCCCACAUCUGCCAAACCAGUGAAACAACAUGAAAAUUGUGCAAAACUUACUUAGAGCUUUUUGCAGUAAGCAAAUUGUAUGUUGUUUCUUUGUACAGUGGAAUCUCGUUAAUUCAAACUCUCUUAAUUCAAACUAACAUGCGUGUCCCAUCCUAUCUGUUUCUAGGAAAGAAACUCCUGGUAAUUCAGAGUUUGCAUUACUAUUCAAAGGUUUGGUCCCCCUCAGGUUCAAAUUACCGAGAUGCCACUGUACUAUUCUAGUAUAAGUGGGAUGCUAGUAUAAGUGGGAUGCAUUGAGCAUUGCUUUACUUGAAGGGUGGGGUUCUAAUUUUUUGUCUUUUCAAGAACUUUUACAAUGAAACAUGGUGCUCCAUUCGUGUAAAAUGUUUGAUCUAAAAGUGUUUCCUAAUUUCUGAAUGCAUUCUUUUGUCAUGUUCCAUGAUCAUUUUGCGUUACUGUAUGACGAGCCUUGGUGAUUUUCAUUCUUCUGAUCCUUUGUUUGCCAACAUAAAAUGAGAUUCUUGUUUGUCGAAUAGAGAAGUCAUUUUUAUAAAUGAGAACCUUUUAGAUUGGAAUUCACUGUUUCUUUGAGGUUUACUGGAACUGAGCCUUCAAACUGCAAGUGCUCUCGAAGAGAAAUUCGAAAUCUUUCUGUAGUCGCUGGUCGCCUCCACGCUACGAGUUCACUAAUAUUUCCCCAAAACAGUUCCUGUAUGAGAAUCUCGUUUACGUAUGACGGUCUUAUUCGUUUCAGCAUGUUUUGUUGGAGAUGUUGCUAUGUUUUAUGUUCUGUAAACUUUCCUUGAACCAGUGUUCAUCUAUCUGUCAAUGCACACGCUUCGAGCAUACUCUAGGAAGUUGUGUUGCGAUAGAACUUAGUGUGCAACAUGGUCGAAUGUGAUAUCUUGCUUUCUCUGAAACUAUCUGGUUAUGUCGUAUGUCUGUCAAUGUUGCUUUAAGUUUUGGUGAUGCUCCGAUACUGAUAUGAAAUAUAUACUAUGCCUGCCGAGCGAGAAAUGUUACUCGCUAGCUUACCAGAGCGACCCGUCACUAGCAUUUUGAAGCAUCCUGCGAUCUGGUAUUGUUGCUUUACUUGUAACUGCUUCAGUACCCUGACCAUGCCAGAUGAACGUUAUCCCGUAAUGAAGGUGCUUUGAUCAAGUUUAGUGUCUCCAAGCAUGUGGUCUUCUGGUCUCUAGCCAGCCGCACUAUCAAAUGUUUGAAAAGCAUCAGUGUGUGGUCCUCUCUGGCCAGUUUGCCGUAUUGGAUGCUCGAUGCUCGGCUUGGCUCGGGUCGUAUAUAGUGUCCGCAAUAUUUGCGCAGAAGGCCAGACUGAACAAAAUGGUUAGGUUGCUGUGAAAUUGCAACACCUGCUUUACAUGAUGCGUGAAUUGUGCCACGAGCUCCAGUGAGUUUCGCGUUGCUGUUACAUUCGAUGGCUGGCCGCUCAACCGACUUUCACCGUCAUACCCUGCCCAAGCCAUUGCGCAACCACGGCCGGGCUAGAUUGCAUAGCUGCACUCUCUUAUGGCCUUCGCUCGUGACUGCGGCUCGAUAGAAGUAAGGGUAGGGUCAUUGUGACCCUAUCCUCACUGCAGCGCAUCAACUCCUCCUGACCAGGCACCACAAUCUCCCUGUGUUGGCCUCUUCGCUCUGGGAUCAAGGCAGAGGAAUUUCCAGACUAGUUGUGCCCAUGGAACAUAACGCCGCAUGCUUGCAGAGUCUUAUGCGUAACACCUCUUUCUUUGUCUUCUCAAUAGACACUAGUCUAUAAACAAAUGUUUUUUACAGUAGGUACAAAAAUUUCAUUUAGCACAAGGAUCAUGUGAUGGGCUAGUUGGUUAUGCAUUACGAAUUUAAAAGUAGCGCUAAAGACGAGGACAAGUAGAAGACACGGACAGGCGCUGACUCGCAACUGAUAUUUAGUGAAGAAUAAAAGGAAGAUAAACUCAGAAGUGCAAGGACAUAUACGAAAUGAAAAGGAAGACUAGCCAAAACGAAAGCAACAAUUAUUUCUGACUUCAAAAUUAAGAAAUAAGAAAAAAGUAUGGUAAAAAUUAAAAAAUUACACUAAAAAAAUUUAAAUGAAAACCUACUCCAAUUAGAUGAAAGAAAGAAAAAGAAAGAGGAAAAAGAGGACUCUGAAAAUUAAUCUAGUUAUUUUAUACGAGGAAUUCGGCGCAGAUUUUCAAUCGCGGUGGUCGGAAUAGUUGUCCAGGAUGGCUCUGGCGGCACUGGAAAGGGCAGCGUAGUUGCGCCCCCACGCAGCUAGAAAAAAGAUAGUUGCUCUUAGGCUGGAGCGAAGGCCGUAAGAAAGCCGCUUUUUAGCCCUGCCGUGGCACGACAUCGAGGCAACAGAGUUUUUAUAUAGACCCGAGAAAUUGGAGUUUAUGUAGUUUUAUUUUUGCAUAGUUGCAUAGCCCACCCGGCUGCAGAAGUCACGCAUUUGCCCCGAAAUGCAGAGAGAACUAUUUUGACAGCUUGUUACGCAGUGCAGGAUAGCAUAGUUGUAUCUGCCAGAUUGAUGUAACCUCACUUUCGUGUGACCUGCCCUUUGGACUUUGCUUUCUAACCUUUUUUGCUGUUGUCACAUUGUACCAUGUUUCGGCACAAAUAAAUUGGUCCAUAAAGUGUUA